CAGCGUUGGCGUUUUGGUGGCGUUUCCCUCCGGGGCGGGGUUUCCUCGCCCAAGUCCCCCCAAAUCGGUCCCCGCGCCCGUCCCGGCCCCAUUUGCCCCCGGAUCCUGCGGGGAUGCGGCCCCAGAGAGGUCCCCCCCGCGCCGCUCCGCCCCAGACGGUGAAGCAGCUGCUGAAGGAGCUACGGCAGCAGAAGAGCAGGGAAGGGGCGAGAUCCCCGGUGGGUGACCCCCUCUCCCAGGUGACACCUUCCCCGGGGACACGCCCACUCUCCUCCCUGACCCCCCCGCUCUCCCCCCAGGUUUUGGCGCUGCCCUCCCCACGCCCCUCGGAUGGUGCUCCCUGGCCCGUUGUCCCCGCAGUGCCUCCCGGCCUCUCUGCGGUCCCACAUGUGUCCCAUGGCAGCCCGGGGGGAGCCCAUGGGGGAAGGGCCUCCGGUCCGAGGGGGUUUCAGGCUGCUGCCAUCCCUGGCCCUGCCUGGCCCCCUUCCACAGUGCCGUGGGGAGAAUUCGGGGCCUCCCUGCUAGGAAGGGAGAUCCAAGACCCGUAUCCUGAGCCCCAGGAGCUGGCAGCCGCCCGCGCUGCACUGGGGGGCCGAGACCCCCGGGAGCUGCUGCGGCAGGACGAGGAGGGGGACACGCUGCUGCACGUGCUCUGUGCCGGGGGGCAGUGGGCGCUCGCCCGGGCUGCAGCCGAGGCUCUGCGGGACCUGGGGGGACUUGAGGUGCGGGAGCACCUGGGCAAGACUCCACUACUGGUGGCAGCAGCAGCUGCAGCCCCAGAGAUUGUGCGGGACCUGCUGGUCCUGGGGGCCAAUCCUGACGCCGCUGACCACAGGGGCCGCACAGCCCUGCACCUGGCUGCAGCCUAUGGGCACCCUGAAAUCCUCCAGGCCAUGAUGUCCUCGGGGGUUCCUGUCAACGUGGAGGCCAGAAAUUUUGAGGGCCAGACCCCUCUGCACUGCGCUGUCCUGGCCCACAACGCCUCGCUGCAGGGAGGGCACAGCCCCGUGGGGGGCUCUGGAGGGGGGUCCCCCACUCCCCAGGACCGAUUCCGCUGUGUUGAGCUGCUGCUGCAGAUGGGGGCAGACAGCAGCAGCCAGGACACCAAAAGCAGCCUGACAGCACUGCACUUGGCUGUGAGGGGAGGAAACCUCGCCCUGGCCCACCUGCUGCUGCGCCAGCCUGGCAUGGCCCCCCGCCUUGUCAACAUGAAGGCCCACGGGAACACCCCCCUGCACAUGGCAGCAGCACUACCUGGGACCCCCAGCCAGGAGCCCCUUGUGAGGCUGCUCCUGGCCUGGGGUGCCGACCCCAGUGCCCGCAACCUGGAGCACGACCUGCCCCAGAGCCUGCUGCCCCCGGGGGCCCUCGGAGACCAGCUCCGCCUCCUCCUGAGGAGCCGCCGGGGGUCCCAUCGCACCCCCCAAACCGCCGAGUGACGUCAGAGGGGCGGGGUCUCCCCGGUAUCAGAUGGGAGCACACCCCCAUAUUGGGGGUUUCCCCAUGUUAACUUUUCCUGAUUUCAAUGAAAUUGCCCCCCAAAUUUCUGUGAAAUGAGUCUGAACCACAUUGGUUUGGUGGGGGGAGGAGCACAGAAGGGGUCCAGCUCCCCCUUGCCCUCCCCCCCAGCCUCAUUAAUGGGGGCUGCUAAUGAGGGGCGUCUCCUCUAAAUUGGGGGAUUUGGGUGGAGCAUACCAAAUUGGAGGGGAAACCCAAGAACAGAGAAUUCUGGAAUUAAAUAAAAAUUUUCUUAAAAUCUGA